AUGGUCUCUCUGGGGAUUCCUGAGUUCAAGACCUGCUGGGUUGCAGCUCUAAUGGUGAUGAUCAUGCUGAGGAGCAAUGUGACUCUUUGUUCAGACCUUCCAGACUAUUUUCUGCUGCAGCGUAAACAUGAGUGUCACUACAUGAAUGGCUCUCAGCAGGUGAGGUACCUGGAUAGAUUCAUCUGGAACCAGCAGGAGAUCUGUUACUACGACAGUGAAGUGGGUUUCUACGUGGCUCGCACAGACCUGGGCCAGGAAAUCGCUGAGUAUUGGAACAGGCUGGAGUGGCUCAGUUACCUGUGGGCUUCAGUGGAGAAAUACUGCAGUUAUAACCAGAGGAGGUUUCGGAGUCUGAUGGACAGGAGAGUUAAGCCCAGAGUGAAAAUUUUUCCUGUGCAAACAGAGCCAUUGGGCCAUCCUGACAAGCUGAAGUGUUCUGCAACAAGGUUUUAUCCCUCUGAAAUAAGGAUCAGGUGGUUCAAAAAUGGGCAGGAAGAGACAGAUAAAGUUGUGUAUGAGGAUCUCCUCCCAAAUGGAGAUUGGUCUUUCCAAAUCCUGGUCACUUUGGGAGUUGCACCCAAGCAAGGGGAUGUCUAUACUUGCCAGGUGGAGCAUGUCAGCCUACCAGCACCCAUCACCGUGGACUGGGAGACACGUUCUGGAUCUGGUGUGGGCAAGCAGCUGACUGGAAUGCUGGGCUUUGUGCUAGGUUUAGGCUUCACUGUCAUGGGACUCAUCAUCUAUCAGAAGAAAAAGAAAGGGGUCCUGUGUCUGUCUGCUGCAGCCUCAGAGGAAGCUGACAUGGAAAGGAACAUGCUGCUAGGUGACCAGGUCCAUGGCUAA